AUGGAUCCUUUCUCAAUAUUCCCACCCGAGGUAAUACUGUCCAUCCUUGAGUUUUGUACCGACUUUGCCAGCUUAGAUGGCUUACUCAGAACGUCCGCCCGAGCCGAUCAAGUGUUCGGCAAAUACUACAAGACCAUCACUGAGCGGGUCAUGAAGAAUUGCCUGAUCCUUUCCCAUGGGCUACAGUACGAAUUUCGCAUGAUCAUACUGCUCGAAUUAGAGAAAACUUCAUUUACUCUCUCGAGCCUCCCAGUGGUACUAGAUAGCAUUAACACACCAUCUGAUGUGCCGCUUUCUGUCCCUGCUGACCAUUCGUUGCGAGCCGUGCGAAAAGCCGUUAGUAUAGCGGGAAAUAUCUGUUACGCUGCUUCGGCUUGUCUUCAUGUUAUGAUGGAUCGUCUUAUGGCUGCAGAGCCCCGCCGUGUGGUUGGCUCUCCUAGUGCUGUUGAAUGGAUAGAGGGAAGUUUAUCCGAGGUUCAAAGCGAACCCAUCCGGAUCAGAUACCAUCCUCCUUCCUGGGCUGAAACAUAUCGAACACAUCGCAUUCUAUGGGCGCUUGCGAUAUUCAGUUGCGUUUUGCACGCGGCAAACACGCGAUGGGACUGGUCUCUGGAGGACAAAGACUCUUUCAUCGAGCGAUAUACCCGAGUGGGACUGACAUGGCGUCCCGAGCAACUCAAAACGAUCGCAGAAUGCUUGUGCAUUCUUAAUCCUAGCGAGGCAAUAGCCCUAGAUCACCGUUUCCCUUUUAUGGUGACCAUUCCUUCGUUCCUACACUCACCCGCUCGUUUGAUCAUACCCAACCCCCCUGAAAGGAAUCAAGCCGUGGAUAAAGAUUGGGAAAAGAUUUAUCGACUCGCCGGAAGACAAAAUGGCGCUAUAGGCACGUAUCGCCAACUUCUACGCGUUCAUUGGCCUCCGAGACCUCCUCUGCAAUCUGGGGAUUUACGAGUCUUUCGACGCCUUGGGAUCCCGAUAUGGGAUGACUGGCGACUACAUCUAAUUGGGUUGAUUGACCGGCCAAGUGAUAGCAAUUGUCUGGACAGUUCUGUCUUUGAUUAUCUGCCGAAGGAACUCGCGAGCUGGUCUACUGCUUGCGCACUUUUCACAUGGUGGGACCUAGCAAAAAAGGGGGACCUUGACGAGAAGAUUGUCGCUGCGCAUUCAUAA